UGUACAUUCUGUUACACUUGUGUGUGUGUACGUACGUCAACGGACUUUUAUGCAUUAUGUAUUUUUACUAGGUCAAGUUCGUGAGCAGAACUUUUGGACCAAUGAAAUUCGAUUUAUUUCGUCAAAGUUCAGGAAUCUAGCGGCAGACUGAAAAUGCACUGGCAGUAAAACUGUAGAUUUACAAUCACAAACAGCGUGUAAACUGUUGCUGUGAGUUGUUUCUCACUUCGUCCGAGGAUCAUGGACAUAAUGGAGCACGGAGCGAGACUCGCCGUGGGUUCACUCAGCGACUCGGACGGUCAACCAUCACCGGUCCCGCACGCUACCGUCAUCGUGGUACUCGUAGGAUCGGCCAUUGCAUUCCAGUGUACAAAUGUAGCUCUGAAUUUUGCCCCCGUUCCAGAGAAACAGGAAAGGGAGAGAAGAUUUAGAUGGAGAAACAUUGUGACAUCGUUUAUUCACGCUGUCAUUUCUGGAUUUUCUGCAAGUUAUUGUUUGUACACGUCACCAGAGAUACUUGCAGACAUCAAACAACAUGUGACAACCAUGAGCAUGGUGCUUGUGGCACUGUCAGUAGGUUACUUUGUGUAUGACCUCAUCGAUAUACUAAUCUAUCGGCCAAUCAGAAAUACUUGGCCGUUAGUCAUUCAUCACGUCGUUAUUUUCUGCUGCUUUGGCAUUUGUCUAUACCUCCGCGCCUACGUUGGCUACGCUGUGGUAGCAUUAGUGGCCGAAACCAAUAGUGUAUUCCUCCAUUUUAGGCAGAUUCUACAAAUCAUGGGCGUCCCAAAGAGCACGCCCAUCUUCCGAAUGAACAGCGCCAUGAACAUCACGACGUAUUUAAUAUUCCGCUUCGGGACGCUAUUCUGGAUGUUCUAUUGGCUGCAGACCCAUCGGCAUGAGGUACCUCUGAUACUGUAUCUCAUAGCCGCCCUCGGAUUGGUCGUCAUGGUGAUCAUAAACAUGGUGCUUUUUAAACGCCUGCUGAUUAGCGAUUACUUAUCCCCCGGGGAUAAACUGAAGAAAGAGAAAAAUGUUUUGGAGAAAUAGUCCAUGUGAUUGCUGUCAUGAUCGAUAUCCAACAUUUACUUUUGGAUACA